GGAAGUAGUCGACAGGAAGUGGUGGACAAAGUCGAGCUGCUCCUGCGGAUCACCUGCACUUUGUUGUUUUAAGAGAUACAUGCACGCGGCGUUGUUGUCAAGACAAACAUUUACCAUUUGAAAUCCAGUCAUCGUCUGCAUCGAGCAACAAACCACUGAAGCUGAAACUUCUACAAACCUUCUGAUGUUCUCCGCUCCGUUCAGCAGCUUGGAUCCACCUGGAUGUUGAGCGUUCGGGCUCUGUUCGGGAUCGGCUUCCUGGUGACCUCUCGGGCCACAGCAGCCUUGGCUCAGACGGGGACAUGUCCUCUGUCCACUGCUGCUAACUAUCCCUGUUUGAGCAGAAGACCAGCGUCCACCAUGGCCCAAAGCAUCAAAUAUCUCGGGCAGGAGGAGGCGCAGCGCAUCGAUGAGGAGCUCUUCAGCGAGUUCGGCUUCAGCGUGGACCAGCUGAUGGAGCUGGCCGGGCUCAGCUGUGCUACGGCCGUCACGCGGGCGUAUCCGGUCACGUCGCUGGUCAAAGCCAGACCGACUCUGCUGGUCAUCUGUGGACCAGGUAACAACGGGGGCGACGGCCUGGUCUGUGCUCGACAUCUCAAGCUCUUUGGCUAUGAGCCCACCAUCUUGUACCCGAAGAGGCCCGACAAGCCGCUGUUCCAGGGUCUGACCACACAGUGCCAGAAAAUGGAGAUCCCCUUCCUGAGCGAGAUGCCCGAGGCCGAGGUCAUCGAUGAGGCUUACAACCUGGUGAUAGACGCCAUUUUUGGUUUCAGCUUUAAGGGGUCGGUACGAGAGCCUUUUGGCUCCAUCCUGGACGUGCUGAAGAAAACCACGGUGCCCAUCGCGAGCAUCGACAUCCCCUCAGGCUGGGAUGUGGAGCUGGGUAGUGCAGACGGACUCCAGCCCGACAUGCUCAUCUCUCUCACUGCUCCAAAGAAAUCCGCCUCCCUGUUCAGAGGACGUUACCACUUCCUGGGAGGCCGGUUUGUUCCGCCCGGCUUGGAGAGGAAGUACCAGCUCAACCUGCCUCAAUACCCGGGUACAGACUGUGUGUUCCAGCUGUGAAACUAGCGAGGAUCAGCUGAUCUGAAUCUAGAUGAGAUGAGGACAUCAGUACCACCAUCAUGUCAGCUGCUACCGAGUCUUCAGGCUGUAAACUCAGAGGUGUGUUUGUUAGCUUUAGAAACAGUUAAACAUCUUUACGAUGAUCCAGUAAUUAAACUGUGAGAAUAAAAGACGUCAUAUCGGUUGGAUGGAGUGUUCACUGUUAUCUAACUGUACAAAAUUAAUGAAAUCAAGACAGCAAAUAAAUGAUUUGAUCCUCAUCAGAUGUUAAAAUGGAAUAAAUCAACCUGAAGAAUG